AUGAUUGAUGAUGAGCUAUCUGCCUUGGUAGUAGAUAAUGGGUCAGGGAUGUGCAAGGCAGGCUUUGGGGGUGAUGAUGCCCCCCGGGCUGUGUUCCCCUCCAUGGUGGGGCGACCGCGACAUCAGGGGGUCAUGGUAGGCAUGGGCCAAAAAGACUGCUAUGUGGGAGAUGAGGCCCAGAGCAAGCGAGGCAUCUUGACCCUGAAGUAUCCCAUAGAACAUGGAGUCGUCGCCAACUGGGAUGACAUGGAGAAGAUCUGGUACCACACUUUCUACAACGAGCUCCGGGUAGCACCCGACGAACACCCUAUUCUUCUCACCGAGGCCCCCCUCAACCCCAAGAUCAACCGGGAAAAGAUGACGCAGAUAAUGUUUGAGGCUUUCAACACGCCCGCCAUGUAUGUCGCUAUCCAAGCUGUGCUGUCCCUCUAUGCUUCGGGAAGGACUACAGGCAUCGUGAUGGAUUCUGGGGAUGGGGUCACUCACACGGUGCCCAUCUAUGAAGGUUAUGCUCUGCCCCAUGCCAUUUUACGACUGGAUCUGGCCGGCAGAGACCUGACUGAUUACCUCAUGAAGAUCCUGACAGAACGAGGCUACAACUUCACCACCACGGCCGAGCGGGAGAUUGUGCGGGACGUCAAAGAGAAGCUGUGCUAUGUAGCCCUGGACUUUGAGCAGGAGAUGGUCGCCGCAGCUGCUUCCUCCUCGCUUGAAAGAAGCUAUGAGCUCCCUGAUGGGCAGGUGAUCACCAUUGGGAAUGAACGUUUUCGAUGCCCAGAAGCCAUUUUCCAGCCUUCCUUUCUAGGCAUUGAAUCCAGCGGGAUCCAUGAGACAACCUUCAACUCCAUCAUGAAGUGUGACGUGGAUAUCCGUAAGGAUUUAUAUGCCAACACUGUGCUGUCUGGAGGCAGCACCAUGUACCCAGGCAUUGCCGACAGGAUGCAGGAGGAAAUCGUAACCUUGGCACCAAGCACCAUGAAAGUCAAGAUCAUAGCUCCCCCAGAGCGCAAGUACUCCGUAUGGAUUGGGGGCUCCAUCCUCGCCAGCCUGUCCACAUUCCAGCAGAUGUGGAUCAGUAAGCAGGAAUAUGAUGAAGCUGGUCCUCCUAUAGUUCAUAGAAAAUGCUUCUGA